GGGCCUCUUUCUGAAAUCUGAUUAUAACAAGCGCUUUUCUUUACCAAUUCCAGACCCUUGAUAGCGUCCGACAUGAAGACAUUAACAGCAUUUAGUAUCCUUCUUGUGGCAAAUUAUGUGGUAUGCGAACAAGUAAUGUAUGAUCGGAAGCACCAUAAAGCUAUCAUUUAUCGACCAGGAACUGGAUGCUAUGAGUAUCACAUGAAUCACCAGGAAUCUCAGGAUUCAUAUGAUGAUAAUUUAAGACCAGCACUUGAGGCUGAAAUGAUCGCAUCUCUAGACUGCAGUACCGAUAUUCAUGAGGUCGGCCAUCACAGCAUUGAUCACCUGUCCCAAGAGAUCAAGACCGCAUGUAGCGCUGUCCCUGUGUAUAGAUUUGAUCAGACCGGAUGUGUCAACUCAACUACUCUCCCUAUAAUUUCUGGAUCCCCAGUGUCAGGCAACCCAGUAUCCGGAAUGCCAUGAAAUGUGUUUAUGUUUAAUAAAGUCCGUAUGAUACGUGAAGAAA